CCGAUAAGUACACACCAACAUGACGGUUCUCAUUUGGCGAGCAGUGUAUCCCACUGCGCUGGCAAUGGCGCUAGGAAUUCGUCUGGUGCUAACGAGUCCCCUGAUUCAGAUAUCGGAAGGAGUCAACGUUUCUCCUGCCAUAUUCAGAGAGCAAACAACCGAUACAGAAGAAAGAGUUGACAUCCAGAAUAGAACUUUCACCAAAGCUUCAGCAGAGAUUCAAGGAAAUAUCCAUCUCACAAACUGUGAAUCAUUACAUCCACAAAAAGUUUUAGAAAUAGUUUUAUGCUCAACAUGGAAGUUAUGUGACAAUCCCAUCGAAAACAACAUUGCGAAUGAUUACUCCAUUCCACUGGUAGAGAAAAAACAGGCCACGACUGCUCCGAACGAAAAUCUCUUGCAAUGUCCGGUGCAGUCUAGGACAAACAACGAGAUCGCAAACUAUCUCCAAAAGGGUUCCCUGCUUCACUUCCUAGCAGAAGCUAACGCAACCGACGCACUGCAAAGUCUCGUACUACUUGGGGCGGACAUUUCCAAACAGGACCAUCAAGGAGAUACCCCGCUUCAUUACGCGGUUAGAAGCGGAGCAUAUGGCACCAUCCGUUUACUCCUGAAGGCGGGGUCAGACCCCAAAACUAAAGGGGCGAAUGAUUUGACUCCUCUGGAUGCAGCAGCAGAACGAGGUGACACCGAAGCUGUUCGCAUCUUAAUACACGAGGCAACAAAUGAAACUGCAGACGUGUUCAUGCACGUCAUUAGAAGCCAAAAUUAUGAUGCCCUUAAAACACUUAUUAACGCCGUUGGAGUUCUUCCGAAACGAGUCCUUGACAUUGCUUUGGUGGAAGCAAUCAAAAAAGAAGACCGCGAAGCCACCCGACUGCUGAUUGCAGCGAAAUCAGACAAUGUCUCUUCCAAGGAAGAGGCUGAAGCCUACCCUCUGAGCGAAGCUACUUCGCGUGGACGAGAAGACAUUCUAAAGGACCUUUUGGACGCUUGGGGCUACGUGGACGAGAGAAACGAGAAGAACCGUGGACGAACUCCCCUAAUGGCGGCUGCUUACAACAACAACCCACGUAGCAUCAGAAUGCUAGUAGAGGCCGGUGCACCUCUAGAGGACGUGGACAGUGGUCAACAAACGGCUCUUUUCUACGCUGGGUAUGUUUCCGGCACCGAUGCAUUGUCGACACUUGUCGAACUCGGUGCCAACGUGAACGCUACAGAUGAUAAUGGAGAGAAUAUCCUUCACAAAAGCGUACAUCGAAAUCCUGCUGCGGUGGAGAUUCUUUUGAAAGCAGGAAUAGACAAAGAAGCAAGGAACAAUCAGGGAAGAACACCUGUUUUCAAGGAGGCAGGACUGUCAAGCGACGCAUUACAUCUUCUUCUAAAAGCAAACGUCAGUCUUAAUAUACGCGACAACGAAAAUCUCACACCGUUUCUAUUCCAUGCGUUAAAUGGCGAUGAAUAUGGAACCGCUUUGUUACUAGAAUGGGCCCCUGACUUGGAAGAGCGGGAUGAGAAUGGCAACACCGCGUUACUGCUAGCAGCGAAACAAGCCUCAUACGCACGACACAAUUAUCCGACCUACAACUACACAGGGCUUCUAAACACCGUCAGGAUUCUCGUAGAAGCCGGUGCCGACGUGGACACCCAGAACUUUGAGGGAUUGUCUCCGCUCCUCUGGUUCGUGGAUACCGGUUUUGCGUCAGGCGUGGAGUUCUUACUAGGCGCAGGAGCGGACAAAGACAUUCGCGAUUUGCGAGGAUACGCUCUCCCCUGCACGCUGCGGUGGAAAGGGGGUUCAUCUCCCACCCGCUUCUGCAAUUCGGGGCGGACGUCAACGCGAGGGAUAAACAAGGGCGCACCCCGUUGGUGGUGGCCGCGGCGAGCGGCAGAGCGUACGUGCUACGUCGUCUGA